AUGAGGAAAGGAAAAAAAUCCAACCAAACCGAUUGUUAUGAAGAAGCGUCAAUUUCAACCAGCAGUAGUUCUAGUGUUCCAUUGACACCACAAUUAAGGACCAUAGCCGAUUGGGAAGAAGCUGAUAGAAUUCAAGAGUAUCAUUUCAUGCUAAAACAUAUACUUGGAGGUAAUUAUGGAGCACCACUUUCAAAAAUUAUUAAACCAGGAACGCAAGAAUUUCCAGAAGCAGAUGUUUAUGGUAUAGAUAUAACGCCAUCCUUUCCAAACAAGAUAAAACCAAAGAAUUGUUAUUUUCAAACAUGCGACAUACUCGAAGGAUUACCAUUUGAAGAUAAUAGGUUUGAUUACGUUUUUAUGAGAUAUAUGCAUUCAGUAAUGAAGAAACACCAAUGGCCAGCAGUAUUAAAAGAUAUAAUGAGAGUAAUGAAACCUGGUGGAAUGAUUGAAAGUGUAGAGCUUAAUGCGAUUCCGUAUUCAAUGGGCCCAGUUCAUACAGAAUUUGUGACUAGAUGUGGUGAGUAA